AUGAAAGCUCACAACAAGAUGAUGGAAAAUACAAUUUCUCAAUUAGCUCAACAAGUAAAUCAACUUGGCAAGUCUUCGGGUCAACUUCCUGGCCAAACUGAGCAACCGCCAAGAGGUCAUAUCAAUGCGGUAACUUUGAGGAGCGGAAAAGAAUUGCAAGAGCCAGAGUUAAAGGUGAGAAAAAGUGUUGUGAAUCUUGAAGAAGAUGGGGAGAAAAUUACAUCUGAAAAAGUGAUAGAGAAUGAUGCAGUGGAAGAAGAAAAGAAAGAACCGGUCGUUGUUCCUAUUACACCAUAUGUGCCACCUGUUCCUUUCCCUCAAAGGUUGGCAAAAGCUAAGCUUGAGAAGAAGUAUGGUAAGUUUCUUGACAUUUUACAGAAGUUGCAUAUUAACAUUCCAUUCAUGGAUGCCAUAGUUGAGAUGCCUUCUUAUGCAAAGUUCCUCAAAGAUAUUUUGUCAAGAAAGCGAAAGAUUGAAGAAACUUCUACUAUUUCAUUGACGGCAGAGUGUAGUGCUAUCUUGCAAAAUACGUUUCCGAAGAAGCUAGCUGAUCCGGGUAUUUACUCUAUUCCUGUGAAACUUGGUGAUGUUUAG